UCCUCCUGCAGUGCAGAAAGUUGAGUUGGGAAGGCCUUCUUCCCGUUCGCAUCGCAUCUGGGUUCAGAAAUCAGAGCCUCCCAAAACCACCAAAACCUGAAACUCCCCUGCAGCAAUGGCCGCUAGAACGCUAUCCUUCUCCUCGCUGGCCUACGCCUUCGCCCCCUACUACCCGCGCUCCAGACCCACGCAUCCUCCCCUCCGCCUCCUCCUCGGCGGCCUUCACCUCAGCUCCGGCCACCUCCUCCGCGCCUCCUCCCUCUCCACCGCCGCCGCCGCCCCUGAUGCCGACGCGGACGCCGACCCCUACGAGGGCGUCGACACCGUCGAGCACCUCCUCGCCCCGAAGCCCACCUCCCCGGGCGGCGGCGGCGGCGGCGGCCGGAUGAGCCGCCUCAUGAAGCUGCAGCGCCGCGCCGACGCCGACGGCCCGGCGCCGGGAAGGGGGAGGUGGUUCCCGUACCUGGACGCGUUCCGGGGAGCGGGGGGCGUGGAGGUGACCAGCCAGGAGGUGGUGGAGGUGCUGGAGCCCUACAUCCUCGAGCCGCGCCGGGACCGGAUCCGCCACGCCGUCAAGAGCAGGAGCUACUCCGUCUGCCUCGUCGUCGAGGGCCUCUCCGACUUCGGCAACGUCUCCGCGGCCUUCCGGUCCGCCGACGCCCUCGGCGUCCAGUCAGUGCACGUCAUCUCCUGCGAGGCCAACAAAAGGUAUAGAGACAAUAGGCAUGUGAGCAUGGGUGCUGAGAAAUGGCUCGACAUUGAGCUAUGGAACUCGGCCGCAGAAUGUUUUCAUGCUCUGAAAAAGCGUGGCUAUCGCAUUGCAUCUACUUGUUUGGGAACUGAUUCGGUUUCCGUGUAUGAUAUGGAUUGGUCUCAUCCGACGGCUAUUGUUGUGGGCAAUGAGACUAUGGGUAUUAGCGAUGUCGCUCUGAAGUUGUCAGACUUGCACUGUUGUGUUCCAAUGAAAGGCAUGGUGGAUUCUUUUAAUGUAUCUGUUGCAGCUGGAAUCCUUAUGCACCAUGCUGUUUGUGAUAGAGUUUCCCGCCUUGGUCAGCAUAGUGAUCUCUCGCCCGAAGAAAAUAGAAUAUUGCUUGCAGAAUUUUAUUUGCGACAUAGAGAGAGCACAACUACAGUAAUUCACGAAUAUGCCAAAAGGAAGGCAGAUAAUGUGGUGGCCAAACUUUGAGAUGAUCACAGUGGCUGCUGAAGGAAAAAUAUGUACAAGCUAGUUUAUUAAACAGUGAUUUGUUUUGGAUACUUCGCUAUAGGAUCAACUUUAGACUAGCUGACAGUAAUCCGAGAUGUGAUUUUAGCUGUUUAUUCAAUGGAUGUUGUUUUCUGGAAAGGAACGAUAAAACUGGUGGGCAGUCAGUCAGGGUGUUAUGAGAUGAUUACUCCAAACAGAAUCGCGGGCAUGACUAGAUUAUCUAAGCUAUUGCACAAACAUAAAGCAUUACGAUGUCCCUGGGUGAUUUGGCUUGUCACUGCAAAACUAUAAUUUGUUUUGAGGCGUCAUAACUGGAUGCUGCACCAAAUUCUUGAUAUAUGUGGGUUUUUUCUUUUUUGAAAUAUAGUACUGAUGCACUCCAUGGUUAGUUAAAAGAGAUUCAUUGCAAUAUGUUUUCGCAGACACUUAGAUUGUAACUGCAGCCAAUUGAUUAGUUUUCGUGUAAUGUUUUAAAUAUCGCUAAACUGCACCUUUUUUUAGGGAAUAUAUUGCAGCUAUUUGAUACA